CAUACUAAUAUUGCUGUUGACUUGCUGAAGAAGGCACAUUUCCAUCACUGUAAGGGAAAUGGAUGUGGAGAAGGGUAAAAAUCGGUCCGGGGGCCUGAGCACCCUGGAAAAAUGUCUGAUAUUUCUGUUUGUUUGCAUGACAGUUGUUAGCAUUUGCCUCAUAACUCUCUACUUUGCUGAGAAGUCUGACUCGUCUGCUCAUUCAGAAGGGCCUCUCUCAGGGUGUGGAGGUCCUCAGCAGAUGAGCGGUGAUUCGGGGACCUUUACCAGCUGGAACUAUCCCAGCAGCUAUGACAAUGGCAAAAGCUGCACGUGGAGCAUCACUGUAGAUCCUGACAAGGUGAUUCAUCUGUGGUUUGAGGAGUUUGCUUUGGAGGAGAAACAGCUCUGCACAGGAGAUCUGGUCACACUGCGAGACUCACUGGGAACUAUUGGGAAGUACUGUGGCUACACUAAACCCAAACCUGUGGUGACCCUUUCAAACCACCUGAUGGUCUACUUUGACACCAACGAAAGGAAAACAGACCAAGGAUUUAAAGCACAUUACAAAGCUGUCGCUCCAGAGGCUGCAUCACAAAUAGCUGGUGCUGGCGGUUUCCUCCAAGGUGAUCAGGGGGAUCUGAUGACUGCAGGUUUCCCAGAACAAACCUAUCCAAACGGAGCACUCUACCAGUGGAGGAUUACAGUGCCUGAAGGUGAGCGGGUCCGACUGACUUUUACCAGCUUUGACCUGGUCCCUGAUAUCUGUGGAGACUUUGUUCAGAUUUAUGAUGGCCAUGAGGCUGGCUCUACUUUGCUCGGAACAUUUUGUGGAGGCAGUAAGCCAAAGGCAGUGGAGUCCAGCCACAACACCAUGGUGGUGCGCUUUAAAUCUGAUGGCAGCCUGACUUCUAAAGGGUUCCAAGCAACUUACACAAAGUCCAGCCUUCCUCCUGUUGUCAUUCCAACCACAGCCCCGACCACCACCAGCACACAGACCACCCAACCUCCAACAACCUCUGGUAGCGGAGGUCCUGUAAUCAUCGAAGGACGGAAAGGAACGAUCCAGUCCACGGGUUUUCCAAAUUCAUACCCUGCUCAUUCCAAUAAUUCCUGGAGAAUUUCCGUGUCCAAAGAGUUCCUGGUUAAACUGCAGAUCACUGACCUGGCGAUAACAGGAGAGACCGGACAGUGCAAAGAGGACAAGCUGAUCAUCUCAGACGACUACAGCAUUCUGGGUACACACUGUGGCUUCAUCCUCCCUCCACCAGUGGUCAGCGCCCGUAACACCAUCUCUGUUACCUUCCAGUCCGACAGUCGGCUCACAGACCGAGGAUUCUCUGCAGAGUGGGAGGCGGUGUAUCCUGAGGAUAUAGCAGAGAUCCUGGGAUGUGGCUUUACUUCUAAAGAGGAAACUGGUGUAAUUAAGUCCCAGAACUGGCCAAAGAACUACAAGGCUAACACGGAGUGCAUGUGGACCAUCACUGUGCCACUGGGGGAAAAAAUCACGCUGACGUUCACUCAUUUUGACCUGGAACCCAAAGAUCUUCUCUCCUCUAAAUGCUACGACAACGUGAUGCUGUAUGACCUCAGUGGUUUGACUAAUGCACUUAACCAAAAACAUGGACCUUUAUGUGGAACAACUUUGCCCAGCACCAUUCAGACGAAAGGCAACAAGCUUCUGAUCCGUUUCCAUGCAGACAUAUUAACUGAGGCUAAAGGUUUUAGAGCUUACUGGACUACAAAUCCCAGCUUGCCGGCACCCACUGAGCCACCUGCUGAGCCGAACCCCUGGGACAGCAUCACCAUAGACUGGCCUGAAACAUGUGGGAAACCAGCCAUCCCUCCUGCUGUCGCGUCACGCAUCGUGAAUGGAGAAGAAGCCGUUGCACACUCCUGGCCUUGGCAGGUCUCCAUGCAGGUCUGGCCUUCCAGUCAGUCUGAACCUUCAUUUUUUCACACCUGUGGUGGGACUCUCAUUCAUAAAAACUGGGUGCUAACAGCAGCACACUGCUUCAUUAGGUAUGCAGAUGAGCUGCAUCGCUGGCGUAUGUGCCUCGGGAAACACAACCUGACCACCACAGAGGUGACCGAACGCUGCAUCAACAUCUCUGGCAUUCAUCGCCAUGAGGCCUUCCAGUACCCCACACUGCCCACUGUGGAGUUUGACAUUGCUCUGGUGAGGCUGGCUGAAGAUGCUGUCGCCUCAGAUGAGAUUUCCUUCGCCUGCCUUCCCUCUGAGGAGGAGACCCUUCCUGCAGGAAAGAAGUGCUACGCUACAGGCUGGGGGGACGAAACAGGAGAUUCAGUAAAUCCGAAAGCUUCUGAGACCCUCAACCAGGUGGCCCUACCUGUUGUCCCUUAUGACACCUGCAAACGGAUGGAUUACUGGUGGUUCCAGGUGAAGACCUCCAUGAUCUGCUGUGGGUACACACUGCCUGAUGAGCUGAAGUCUGUCUGUCAGGGAGACUCAGGUGGUCCACUAGUUUGCCAGGACACCCCUGGUGGUUCCUGGGAGAUUCACGGUAUAACCAGCUUCGGUCCCAUUGGAUGCAUAAUGGACAAAAAGCCCUCUGUGUUCACCCGUGCCUCAGCCUACCUUCCUUGGAUCUCAAAUGUCAUUCGCAGGGACAUCUACAUUGAGCACACAUCAGGUUGUGGAGGACCAAAGGAUCUGUCUGGUACAGGCGGCACCAUAACCUCCAUGAAUUAUCCCAACACCUACAGCAAUAACGCCCGCUGCGAGUGGAACAUUGAGGUGCCUGUAGGGAAACUUGUGCACCUCCACUUCGGCGGUUUCUCCCUGGAGGACAGCCAACUGUGCUUGAAUGACAAAGUCAAACUCACAGACAACGUAGGAAGUCUGGGCACCUUGUGCAGCCCUGUUCCACCUCAAGAUCUGGUGACUGAUGGAAAUAGGCUUCACAUCAGCUUCUCUUCUAAUGACAAGGUGGUGGACACAGGCUUUACUGUGAGCUGGACGGGGGUGGACCCUUCAAAAGCUCCAUGUGGAGGACAUUUUAGCAGCAAGCAGGGUGAAAUAACCUCUCCAAACUGGCCUGGUGACUACCUCGCACAGAGUGUGUGCACAUGGCGAAUCAGUGUCCCUUCAGCUGAGAAGAUCCAUGUAGUCUUUACUGACUUUGAGCUGCAAGCCAUGAACCUUUUGGGAAACUGUGUGGAUUACGUAGAGAUAUUCAACGGAGAAACAAUGGCCUCGCUUGGUCGGUUCUGUGGCUUCGCUCCACCACCCACCAUCACCGUCCCUGUCAACAUGGUGGUUAUUCGCUUUCUGAGUAAUGAAGCUAAUCAGCAGAAAGGUUUUCGUGGUUACUGGACCACUGAUGCUAGUGUGUUUCCAACGUUACCUCCUCCUUCUCCAAACCCAUGGGACAACAUCACCAUCAACUGGCCAGAAGAUUGUGGAAAUCCAGCAGUGGAGCCAGAAACAGCCACUCCUCGGGUUGUUAACGGGGAGGAGGCAAAACCCCACUCCUGGCCUUGGCAAGUCUCCAUGCAGGCUUCACCCUUCCCUCCAUUUCUUUACAUGCACGGCUGUGGGGGCUCUCUGAUUCAUGAAGAGUGGGUUCUUACAGCUGCUCACUGUUUUAUGUUCCCCCUGAACACAACAUCCUUCUGGCGUAUGUGUUUGGGAAAACACCACAUGAACUCCUCCAUGGAUGUUCCCUCGGCAGAGAAGUGCUACAAGGUGGACAGAAUAAUCAGACAUGAGGGCUUUGUGUAUGAGCAGGAUAGCACAGACAUCAGCAAUGACAUCGCCUUGGUGCAUUUGACCGAGCCUGUAAAUAUGACGAAGGAGAUCAGCCCCAUCUGUCUGCCGAAAGCCGGGGCUGUGAUGCCAGCGGGGACUAAGUGCUUCGUUACAGGAUGGGGAGACGAGAAAGGUAACCUGUUUCCUGUUGUGGCUAAAAAGCUGAACCAGGCAGCCCUUCCUGUUAUUGACUUCCAGACCUGCAGCAAACCUGAAUACUGGUUGGACUCGGUCAGACCCUCCAUGAUCUGCGCUGGCUACGAGUCCCCGGAUGAGCUCAAAUCAGCCUGCCAGGGAGACUCAGGCGGUCCAUUUUCCUGCUCAGUCACUGGGACCUGGGAGGUGCACGGCGUGGUCAGCUUUGGUCCUCAAGGCUGCAUCAGAGACAAAAAACCCUCAGUGUUCACACGAGUGUCUGCCUUCAAUGACUGGAUCCACGACAACAUCAGGAAGUUUGCAUAUGAAAACCAAAAGGCGAUAUAAAAGAUCAGGAUUUAAUGCUUUUAGAUUUAUUUUUUAAGAUUAUGGCAUUUUAAUCUGGAUGUUUUAAUGGGAUUGAAAACUCCCCAAUUAGGUAAUAAUAAAACUAUCAGUAUUAUGGUCUGUAAUGUCUUGGUCAACAAGUUAUCAAAGUAUUUAAUUUAAUAGAAAAACAUUAGGUUGAACAUCUCUGCCAAUAUGAGUAUAUAUUUGUUUUUCCUCUUUCUCUUCAGUUGUGAUGCUCAAAAUUGUCCUAGCUUUUGAUUUACAUUGAAAACACAGCACAUCACUCCAGGGGUCAAGAGAAAAUGGUCAGAACCAGUCAGAUAACUACGAAUGUGACAAAAAAACAUCUUUUUAAAAAUAAAAGCUCUAAAUCAGCCAAAUUUUCAAGUUUCAAAGAUAUAUUGCACUCAUCUGUGACAUAAUAAAAAGCUUAAUUCAAACAUUGCUCUGUUCCACCUACAAUCUUGACUGAUAUGGUUACAGGAAAGUGCUGUUGCAUCAUGGGUAAAGCUGGCUCAGGUGUAAACUCCCACCUCCUGUGCUGUGAUUGGUCCAAUGUGUUUUAGACCUGCUCUGACCCUUAACAGCUUUCAGUCAGUCAGUCUGGCCAGGCUAGGAAAAGUCAAUGUAUGUAGAAGAACCUUUUAAUUAAAACAUGGAUCCCAUGAUUGACGUGUUCAAGUAAAACCAGUGGAUCAAAUCCAGCAAACACCAGUUUCCUUCUGUUAGAUUUAUCAUGAGGCUGGAAACUUACCUGAUAAACAUGAGACUUAAGAACUACUGAGUGAUCAAUGAACUAAAAAGUGAGUUAUUGGCCGCUAUGGUGAUUAGAGACAGGGCUGAGAAAAAGAGGCAAACAAGAACUUAAACCUCAAGCAAACUUCAUGAGUGGAUGAACCGUCUGCAUUGCAACAGAUAUGAAAAGUUAAAGGGAACAUCUGGUUCUGAAUCACAGAACUAAGACAUAAUACUGUGGUUUGGGGUUUGGGAGUGCAAACUCAGACCUCCACAAUGUUUAGUAGUAGACCAUCAGGGGUACACUGGGUUUCAGCAAAUGAAUACAUCUGGGUGUUUGAUUUGGGCGUAAGGAAUUCCACCUGUUGGUGCAGAACUGGGAUCUGAAUAUUUCAUUGGUCAGAAUUUAGAAAAUGUGGGUGAUGUUUCCACUGGCGGGCUAACAAGCACCAAACAGAGCUGGGUUUGUUCAACCCUCCUCACACAUUCUGGCUGUAACUAACACUAAUAGAUGAUGGUGGUGGAAAGGAGACCGUCCACCUCAAAGGUCUGCAUCAAAUGGAAAAAAUAUCAGUGGAAAUAUGUUUUGUAUCAAUGAGCUUCCUUUAAAGUGUGUAGUUUGAGAUGUCUGUGUGUUUUCCUGUCAUUAACAACUUGCUGAAUAAAAUCAUUCCAAAUCUAAAA